AUGGAGAAGGAAUAUAUGCAGAAAGCUGUUGAGGAAGCUUGCGUUGCAGUUGCAUCUGGAGAUGGAGGGCCAUUUGGUGCAGUUAUUGUUAAAGAUGGCAAAAUUUUUGCAACUGGUCAUAAUAUGGUAUUGCGGACUAACGAUUGUACAGCUCAUGCAGAAAUAACGGCAAUUAGAAAUGCUUGUUCCAAAGCGAAAAAUUUUGACUUAAAGGGUUGUGUGUUGUAUACCUCAUGUUUUCCCUGUCCAAUGUGUUUGGGGGCUUGUUUAUGGUCUCGCCUCGAUAGCAUCUAUUACGGUGCCACAGCAGAUGAUGCCGCGAAGUACGGAUUUGAUGAUAGGAAUUUUCAUGAUUUUCUAAAGAAUCCAAAGAGUGAUGAACAUCGAAAACUGGAACCGUUCGGCGUAGAGGAAAUGCUGAAACCAUUUGAAGCCUGGAAAGUUAAAGUCGAUAAAACUCCGUACUAA